GGCCCCUCGUCGACCCCGCGCACUCCGCACGCAGCUCGCCUCCGUGACUCCGUCCAGGCAGAGACCCGGGUCAAGCGAUCCGGUCGCAUCUCCACGCGCACCUCGGCUUCCCCGUGCGUGCAGUUCUUGGUGGCGGGGUUCGAUCUGAACAAGGCUUGGGGUUCUUGCUAGGGGCGCCCGGUUGGUCAGCUCGCAGAAGAAGCUGAGCUGGUUGGGCGUGGAGGCUCUGAUUGACUUUUGAGGUGCCGGGGGUAGACAGGUUGCCUCUUGCUUGCUGGUUUCUUGGCUCUGCAGCUACGGAGCUUGCUGAUUUUCCUCCAGAAUUUGUGGCGGAGCUCCGUCCUGACCUUGCGAAGAUUGGACCUUUGGGGCUGCUUGCUCACUGUUUGCCUUGCUGGAGAAUCUUGGGAGCUUCUGUUCCUCAAUGGACUCCGGCAGCGGCAGCAACAGAAAGGGAAAAAGAAAAACAAUAGGAUAUGGAAAAGAUCUGAAGAGCUAUUUUACCCAAAGAUCUAGCAACACUGCAAGUACUCAUGGAAGUGGAGUUGGUCUUGAGGCAUUGGAGAGGGAGGAGGUGGUGCUGCAAACUCAAGUAGAGAGCACUGAUGCUGUAGCAGUACCAAUGUCAGUUGAAGAUGUUGAAGGUCAAGGCAGUGGUGGUGUGGACUCAAGUAGAGAGCAAACUCAAGAUAAAGAUGCAAGUGAUCAAGGUAUAAUAACUGAGUUCAAUCCAGAACAUGUCAUCUCUGAUGGUUGGCUUAAUGACUUAAUGGUUGUGUAUAUUGAGAGGGAGAUAUUUAAAGGAAUUGAUCUUCAAUCUAUCAAAAAGGCAUUUCAAGUGAAGAAAGAUAGGAAUAUGAAAUUGUCGAAGCAUCCUAAACGCAACCGGACUGAACGCAACUAAUAAAUUUAUCGCUUAUUUUGGUCCCGUUGUUGAUUUGAUGUGUAAUCUACAUGUUUUUCUUCAUUUAAGGUACUUCUAAACGAUGGUCUUGUUGUGAACUUUUAUUUCCGUACAAUAUAUGAAUGUAGUCUAGAAAUGCACCGCCACACCUAAA